GGAUACGGAACUAAAAAAAAGUAGAACCACAACACUUUGAAACCACGAUGGCGGCUGAAGAAACUACAGUGGAUCUGAAACGAAAAGCAGAUGAUAAUCCAGCUGCUGAUGGAGAAGGAGUAGGAGAAGGGGAAGAGGAUGAAUGGGUCGGGCCCAUGCCCUGCGAGGCAUCCCAGACCAAAAAAAGAAAAGUAUUGGAAUAUGAACGGGUUUAUCUGGACAACCUGCCGUCGGCUCUCAUGUAUGAAAGGAGUUACAUGCACAGAGACGUCAUCAGUCAAAUCGUCUGCUCCAAGACGGACUUCAUCAUUACUGGAAGCCAGGAUGGCCAUGUCAAAUUCUGGAAGAAAAGGGAGGACGAGGGAGUAGAGUUCGUUAAACACUUUCGCAGCCAUCUUGGAUAUAUGGAAUGCAUUGCUGUCAGUUCCGAGGGGGCCAUUUUCUGCUCUGUAGGAGACGAUCAGGCAAUGAAAGUGUUCGAUGUUGUCAACUUUGACAUGAUCAACAUGCUGAAACUAGGCUUCCACCCGGGCCAAUGUGAAUGGAUUUACAAUCCAGGGGACCCCAUAUACACCGUGGCCGUGUCUGAGAAGUCCACGGGGAAGAUCUUUGUUUUCGACGGGCGUGGGAACAGCGAGCCACUUCACAUCUUUGACAAGAUGCACACCUCCCCGCUGUCCAAAAUAUGCUUGAACCCCAAAUUCAGGGUCAUUGUUUCUGCUGACAAAGCAGGAAUGAUCGAAUACUGGACCGGCUACCGGAACGAAUUUAAGUUCCCGAAAUACGUGGAUUGGGAGUACAAAACAGACACAGACUUGUAUGAAUUUGCGAAGAAUAAGACAUACCCCACCAGCCUUACCUUCUCCCCCGAUGGCAAGAAAAUGGCCACCAUUGCCUCCGACCGCAAAGUGAGAAUCUUCCGGUUCCUCACUGGGAAACUGAUGAGAGUGUUCGAUGAGUCGUUGCCGAUGUUCACAGAGCUGCAGCAGAUGAGGCAGCAGUUGCCCGACAUGGAGUUUGGGCGGCGCAUGGCCCAGGAGAGGGAGCUGGAGAAGGUGGACGGCAUCCGACUGACCAACAUCAUCUUCGACGAGACCGGUCACUUUGUCCUCUACGGGACCAUGCUGGGCAUCAAGGUCAUCAAUGUGGAAACCAACAGGUGCGUGAGGAUCCUGGGGAAGCUGGAGAACAUCCGCGUGUUGAAGCUGUGUCUGUUCCAGGGCAUCGCCAAGGCCAGCCAGGUGGCGCCCACCGUGGAGAUGACGGCCUCCGACAACCCGGCCCUGCAGAACCAGAUGCCCGACCCCACCAUCUUCUGCACCGCCUUCAAGAAGAACCGCUUCUACAUGUUCUCCAAGAGGGAGCCGGUGGACACCAAGAGCGCCGAGUCGGACCGCGACGUGUUCAACGAGAAGCCGUCCAAGGAGGAGGUGAUGGCCGCCACCCAGGCCGAGGGCCCCAAGAGGGUGUCGGACAGCGCCAUCAUCCACACCACCAUGGGGGACAUCCAUAUCAAGCUCUUCCCAGUCGAAUGCCCCAAAACGGUUGAGAACUUCUGUGUUCAUAGCAGAAAUGGCUACUUCAACGGCCAUAUAUUCCACAGAGUCAUCAAGGGCUUCAUGGUCCAGACGGGGGACCCCACGGGCACAGGGAUGGGCGGCGAGAGCAUCUGGGGUGGGGAGUUUGAGGACGAGUUCCACGCCACGCUGAGACACGAUCGCCCGUACACACUCAGUAUGGCCAACGGGGGCCCCGGCACCAACGGCUCCCAGUUCUUCCUCACCGUUGUGCCCACCCCGUGGCUGGACAACAAGCACACAGUGUUCGGGAGGAGUGCCAAAGGCAUGGAGGUGGUCCAAAGGAUCUCCAACGUCAAGGUCAACCCCAAGACGGACAAGCCCUACGAGGACAUCAGCAUCAUUAACAUCACCAUCAAGUGAUCAGGACCAGCCCCUUUUUUUAACUAUUAUGUACAGAUUUGACCUACAUGCCUUUUUUUUUAAACAGAAUAAAGUGUUUAUUCAAAGACUA